UAUCUGGGAUGGAUGUUCACUGUUUGUAAUGCCACCCAGCAACUGCCCAACGAGCUUUUUCAUCUAGAAUGGGCUUGAAACUAAUUCUCCACUCAGUAACUAGGGUAAACAGAGUGUGCCUGAAAACCGGAGGGUUGGUGAAUCGACUAUCUAGCCAGCUUGUACUCCGUGAAAUUUUGCUGGAUCGGAUUUCUGUAAUUCAUUCAGCGUUCAUGGUCUGUCACUUCUAUGUCAGCUAGUUUGGGAAUUCCGAAGUCGACUCUGCAUGACACUAUUUCAAAUCAACCGAAUAUUGAGUGGAUUGUCACAUCUCGACUUUCAUUUCUUAAUAACUGC